AUGACUGUCGAUGCACCCCAAUCCUCGUUAAAUACUAUCAACUUCGUUACCCAAUGUCUGUGUAUCCCCAUUAUUACUAUAUUUGUGGCACUGCGGUUCGCAGUCCGUAUAUAUUUUAACCAGUUUAUCCUGGUUGAGGAUGGUACCUUUCUGCCUACUCGCAUGGGCAAGCUUUGUUUAUGGCUUAUUGCGGCAUUGCAAUUGUUCUGGUGUUACAUUGCGACCGUCGUCUAUUGCCCCAUGAUUCUCUUCGUGAAAUACGCUCUUCUUUCUAUCCUGAUCCGGAUCUUUUCCCCAUACAAAUCCAGGAUCUUGUUUAUCUAUGUCCUUCUUGGUUGCCUUACUGUCUACUAUAUGAUCGCAGAAAUAGUCAAAAUCCGGAUGUGCGAUCCGAUUCCCGCGUAUUGGACCCUAGAUGCUGGUGCAAGCUGUCUCGAUCAACGCGCUGCUCUUAUCGCCGACUCGGUCAUCAGUGUGGUCACUGACGCUAUCAUUCUUGUGUUACCACUUCCAUUGACCUGGUCGCUUCAGAUGUCCCGGAACAAGAAGAUGCGUGUGGUCGGCAUUCUCUCAGCGGGUGGCCUCGCGACGGCUUUUAGCAUCUACAGACUCAUUUUGGUUCUGCGAGACGGGAGUUCCAUGAAUAUGACGGUAGUAUUUACUUGUGUCAUCCUCUCAGGCAGAAACGCAGAAGGCGGCAUGGGUCUGAUCUGCGCCUGCCUGCCCACCCUCAAUAUCCUUAUCAGCAGACUUCGCAAGGCAGGGUACGGUUAUGGGUCGAACCAAUAUUACCCCCAGGAUUCAUCUGUGCAGCUCAGCAAAAUAAGAGGCAAAGACUGCAAGAGAGAUUCAAUGAAUAGAUCAAGGAGCCCCAAGCACCAAUUUGUUCCUGGCUCCGACCAAAGUCAUUUGAUUUCGUGCGCAGAUCCAGUGGGCAUGGCACCUUCAAGCGAUGGGUACAUUCACAUGACGACGGAUGUCUCGCAAACCGUGGAGAUUAUUGAUGGACCUGAAAAAGAAUGUCCCACUGUUGUCACACCCACCGGUAUGGAUCCCGAGGUAGUCUUCGAGAAGGCGAAAGCCAUUGUCGGACGAUAUCCAGAAGCUCAGAUUGAGUUGGAAGGGGCGGACAGAGGGGACAUAUCAGCCGCGGAUCACGAGAUGCCAGUCAUCCUCCAGAAUGUUGUCACGAAGCUUGGUUGGCCUAAGCCCAAGCUUACUCCUGACAUCGCGAUUUCUUGUCUCCGGUAUUGGAGAUAUCGUAGGAUCCCUGGGUUCUGGUAUGGCCCUGACGGUGACAAUGUUAGCGCGGCUAACGAAUACGUGGAGAUCGAACAGGUGCUCCACCUUGUUCGUACUUACGUGCUGGCUUCGGCGCAGUAUUUACAGGAAAAAACCCUUCGUGAUGUCCGCAAUGAUAACAAGGAGCUUGUUGGGAUGCUUGCCUUUGUUGAAGGAAUCCAUGUGGACAUGAGCGGAAAAAGAAUAAAGCUCAACAAUGUUUUAGCUUUUGAAAUUACUAGCAAGGAGAACAAGAUCUUUUUCCGCAAACCUGAAAUUCCUCGAAUCUAA